GCAGUUCCUGAGAAAUAAGUUGCUGAGAUUGAUGACGCGAUGAGGAAGGCUGGUGUUGCCCAUAAUAAAUCCAGCAAAGAUAUGGAGAGUCAUGUGUUUAUGAAGGCCAAAACAAGGGAGGAAUAUCUUUCUCUUGUGGCCAGACUUAUUAUUCAUUUUCGAGAUAUUCACAAUAAGAAAUCUCAAGCCUCAGUCAGUGAUCCGAUGAAUGCCCUGCAGAAUCUAACUGGGGGUCCCCCAGCAGGGGCGCCUGGAAUGGGCAUGGCUUCUCGAGCUCAAGGAGCACCGAUGAGUGGGAUGGGUGGCCUUGGCCCAAUGGGACAACAGAUGAGUCUCCCAGGGCAGCAGCAGCCUCCUGGAACCUCGGGAAUGGCCCCUCAUGGUAUGCCUGGUGUCUCUACAGCUACUCAGCAGACCCAACUUCAGCUUCAGCAGAUAGCUCAGCAGCAGCAGCAGCAGCAGCAGCAAUUCCAGCAGCAGCAGGUGGCUUUGCAGCAGCAGCAAUUCCAGGCCCAGCAGUCAGCCAUGCAACAACAGUUUCAACAGCAGCAGCAGCAGCAACAGCAGCUGCAAGCCGUCCAGCAGCAGCAACAGCACAUGCUGAAGCUGCAGAUGCAGCAGCAGCAAAACCAACAGCAGCAGCAGCAGCAACUACAGCGAAUUGCCCAAAUGCAGCAGCUGCAGGCAGCACAGGCUAUGCAGGCACAACAGCAACAGCAGCAGCAGCAGCAGCAACAGCAACAAAUACCACAACAACAGAUACAGCAACAGCCACCUCAACAAGUAAUGCAACAGCAGAUGCAACAGAUGCAGCAGCAACAGCAGCAGCAGCAACAACAACAACAACAGCAACAGGUUGCUCAGGCACAACAGUCUCAGCUUCCACCACAAUCCCAGCCUCAGCCCCAGCCCAUGGUAUCUCAGCCGCAGGCAAUCUCAGGACAAAUUCCUAGUCAGGUUAUGCCUGUUACCCUUACACCACAGCAAUUAAAAGCAAUGCAGCUGGUCCAGCAGCAGCAGGCAGCAGCAGCAGUGCAAGCAGCUCAGGCCCAAGCUGCUCAGAUGGGAGCUUCAGGGCAGAUGAUCACCGCACCUAUGGCCCGAGGUGGGAUGCAAAUAAGACCACGGUUCCCGCCUACCACCGCUGUGUCUGCUACACCGCCAAGCUCCAUUCCUUUGGGCGGACAGCAAAUGCCACAGGUCAGCCAGAACAAUAUUACCAUGAUGUCAUCCCCAUCUCCUGUCCAACAAGCUCAAACACCCCAAUCAAUGCCGCCGCCACCACAGCCGCAGCCAUCUCCUCAGCCAGGCCAGCCAACUUCUCAGCCAAAUUCAAAUGUCAGCUCUGGCCCAGCUCCAUCACCCAGCAGCUUUCUCCCCAGUCCGUCUCCACAACCAUCCCAGAGCCCAGCAGCUGCACGAACACCUCAGAACUUCAGCGUCCCAUCCCCAGGUCCUUUAAACACUCCAGGAAAUCCAAAUUCUGUCAUGAGUCCAGCCAGUUCUAGCCAGUCAGAGGAGCAACAGUAUCUGGAGAAACUCAAACAGCUAUCAAAAUACAUUGAGCCACUCCGGAGGAUGAUCAAUAAAAUAGAUAAAAAUGAAGAUAGGAAGAAGGACCUGAGUAAAAUGAAGAGUCUCUUAGAUAUCCUGACUGACCCUUCAAAACGGUGCCCUCUAAAGACACUGCAGAAAUGCGAAAUUGCUCUGGAGAAGCUGAAAAACGAUAUGGCUGUGCCUACUCCACCGCCUCCCCCAGUGCCCCCCACCAAACAGCAGUACUUGUGUCAGCCACUUUUGGAUGCUGUUUUGGCCAACAUCCGUUCACCAGUCUUCAACCAUUCCCUUUACCGUACAUUUAUGCCAGCUAUGACUGCAAUUCAUGGACCACCAAUCACGACCCCAGUUCCUUCCCCUCGAAAACGGAAGUAUGAAGAGGAUGAAAGACAGACCAUACCAAAUGUCUUACAAGGGGAAGUUGCAAGAUUAAAUCCUAAAUUCCUGGUGAACCUGGACCCUUCCCACUGCAGUAAUAAUGGCACAGUUCAUCUCAUAUGCAAGCUAGAUGACAAGAAUCUUCCAAAUGUCCCACCACUACAGCUCAGCGUUCCAGCGGACUAUCCAGAUCAGAGCCCUCUGUGGAUAAAAAAUCCUAGACAGUAUGCAGCCAAUCCCUUUUUGCAGUCGGUGUAUCGGUAUAUGACUUCAAAACUAUUGCAACUUCCAGACAAGCAUUCAGUCACAGCACUCUUAAACACCUGGGCACAAAGUAUUCGUCAGGCCUGCCUCUCUGCUGCAUAACAUCUCACUUUCUAAAUUGUGAAGCAAGAAAGAAGGUCUCGACAGCUGGCCUCUUCCACAUGCCACUGGAAAAUCACAGGCAUUUUGGGGAGGGUACUUCAGAAGAAAGAAGCCUUAUGUUGUUUUGUUUCUAGGUAUCAGGUUCAGUAGAGAACCUGAUGUUAGACUUUGCUUUCAUGCUUUUUAUCUUCUGCCUCUAUGGACUUUUGCCAGCAUUUUCAAAUAUACAAAACGUGUAUAUAUGGUUCUUGAGACUGUAUUAGGAUGAGUUUUUAUUGUCUUCUUAGAGAAGAAAUUAUUUGUGGACUUCCAUCAGGGAGUCUGGUAUAAGAGGGAGCAGGGAGAGAACGUCCUAAUUUGCUUCAAAGUUUGCUCAGUGCCAGUAUUCCCUUCACACUGUAUGUGUUGUGACCUGAUACUGCCCCAGAAAUAAAUUAGCUGCAACUAGAA